GAGUAAAACUCUCCUCUUUAAUGGAUGAAAAGAAAAGAGCUGCUUCUAAAAUGAGUCUCUCUGUGGAGAGAGAGGAGAGAGGAGCCACAUCUCCUGAACCCAGCUGUGUGUCUAUGAAGAGUAACAGAUCCAUUAUUCACCCCCCUGAACUCAGUGGUGGAGCAGUGACCUCUGACUUAAGAGCCACUUCUCCUAAACCCAGCUGUGUGUCUAUGAAAAGUGAGAGAUCCAUUAUUGAGCCCCCUCAACUCAAUGAUGGAGCAGCGACUUCUGACCUCAGGCAUCAUGACCCACAGCCAGUCCUGCUGGAGGAGACUGGAGACCUGCAGAAGCCAGAAGAUGGUGAUCUACAGAGAGUCAAAGACCAACACAAAACCAGCAUGAAGAACAAGUAUGAGAGAUUAUUUGAGGGAAUCAAACUCCAAGAGAAUCAAAACCUCCUGAACAGGAUCUACACACAGCUCUACAUCAUAGAGGGAGAGAGAGAAGGAGUGAAUGAAGAACAUGAGGUUUUACAGAUGGAGAAAACAGCCAGAACACAACACUCACAAGACACUCCAAUCAACUGCAAUGACAUCUUUAAAGCCUCACCUGAACCAGGAUGUGAGGAGAAAGACCAAAUCAAGACUGUUCUUACUAAAGGAGUCGCUGGAAUUGGGAAAACCGUCUCUGUGCAGAAGUUCAUUCUUGACUGGACUGAAGGAAAAGCCAAUCAGGAUGUAGAUUUCAUGUUUGUGCUUCCAUUUCGAGAGCUGAACUUGAUCCGAGAUCAUCAGUACAGUCUUCACAGACUUCUGCUGGACUUUCAUCCUGAACUUCAAGAUCUGGACUCAAAGAUUUAUGAGGAGUGUAAAGUUCUCUUCAUCUUGGAUGGUCUGGAUGAAAGCAGAAUCACACUGAUGUUUUCAGACACUCAGAAAGUUUCUGAUGUGACUGAGACUUCAUCAGUGGGUGUGUUGAUGUCAAACCUAAUUAAAGGAGAGCUGCUUCCCUCUGCUCUCAUCUGGAUCACCUCCAGACCAGCAGCAGCCAAUCAGAUCCCCUCCAAAUACAUCAACCGUCUGACAGAAAUUCAGGGAUUCAGUGAGCCUCAGAAGGAGGAAUAUUUCAGGAAGAGAAUCAGUGAUGAACAUCAAGCCAGCAGAAUCAUCUCACACAUCAGAAGAGCAAGAAGCCUCCACAUCAUGUGCCACAUACCCGUCUUCUGCUGGAUCUCAUCCACUGUGCUUCAAAAGCUCCUGAAAGAAGAUCUGAGUGCAGAAAUCCCUCAAACUCUGACUGAAAUGUACAUCCACUUCCUGCUGAUUCAGAUCAACAUGAGGAAUCAGAAGUAUGAAGAGAGAGAUCCAGAGAAACUCCUGCAGUCCAACAGAGAAGUGAUUGUGAAACUUGCUGAAGUGGCUUUCAAACAGCUGAUGAAGGGCAAUGUGAUGUUCUAUGAGGAGGACCUGAGAGAGAGCGGCAUAGAUGUCACUGAUGCCUCAGUGUAUUCUGGGAUUUGCACUGAGAUCUUUAAGGAGGAAUCUGUGAUUCAUCAGAGGAAAGUCUACAGCUUCAUUCAUCUGAGUGUUCAGGAGUUUCUCGCUGCUUUCCAUGUGUUUUACUGCUAUUUAAGCAGCACCAUGGACACCCUUAAGUUUUUUUAUUCAAUGCAUAAUCUCUUUAGAAGUGCAGUCGAUAAAGCCCUUGAGAGUGAAAAUGGACAGCUGGAUCUGUUCCUGCGGUUCCUGCUGGGCGUCUCACUGGAGUCCAAUCAGAGACUCUUACAGGAUCUACUGACACACACAGAGAACAGCUCAGAGAGUAUCAGGAGAACCACACAGUACAUUAAAGAGAAGAUCAAAGAUGGACAUGGACUCUCCACUGAAAGAUCCAUCAAUCUGCUCCUCUGUCUGCUGGAGGUGAAAGAUCAGACUCUGUCCAGAGAGAUUCAGGAAUUUGUGAAAUCAGACAAACACUCAGAGAAGAAACUCUCUCCUGCUCACUGCUCAACAAUCACCUACAUGCUUCAGAUGUCAGAGGAAGUGCUGGAUGAGCUGGACCUCAAGAAAUACAACACAUCAGAUGAAGGUAGAAGAAGACUGAUACCAGCUGUGAACAACUGCAGAAAAGCCAUUCUUGCUGGCUGUAAUCUCACUAGUCAGUCCUGUGAAAUUGUGGCAUCAGCUCUACAAUCCUCAAACUCUGUCCUGAUCGAGCUGGACAUGAGUAACAAUGACCUGCAGGAUUCAGAAGUGAAGCUGCUGUCUGGUGGACUGAAAAGUCCAAACUGUCGGCUGCAGAUACUGAGAUUGUCAGGCUGUAUGGUGACAGAGGAGGGCUGUGGUUAUGUGUCUUCAGCUCUGAGUUCAAACCCCUCACACCUGAGAGAGCUGGAUCUGAGCUACAAUCACCCAGGACAAUCAGGAGUCCAGCUGCUCAACAACAAACUGAAGGAUCCAAACUGCUCACUGCAGAUACUCAGGUUGGAUCAUGGAGGGUCCUUAAGGCUCAAACCUGGACUACGAAAAUAUGCCUGUGAUCUCACACUGGAUCCAAACACAGCACACACUCAACUCAUCCUGUCUGAGGGGAACAGAAAGAUAAAAUAUGUGAAAGAUCAUCAGCCGUAUCCUGAUCAUCCAGAGAGAUUUGCUGAUGUUCCUCAGGUUCUGUGUCGAGAGAGUCUGACUGGACGCUGUUACUGGGAGGUUGAAUGCACUGGUUGGGCUCGAAUAGCAGUGGCCUAUAAAGGAAUCAGCAGGAAAGAAGGGACUGUCUGUAAGUUUGGAUACAAUGACAAAUCAUGGUGUCUUUUCUCCAAUAAUGAUGGAUUUCUUGUCUGGCAAAAUAAUUUGGCCAGUAACCUACCAACUCAUUUACCACAAUCUAAGAGAGCAGGAGUGUAUCUGGACUGGCCGGCCGGCACUCUGUCCUUCUACAGCGUCUCUGACACACACACACUCACACACUUACACACAUUCAACACCACAUUCACUGAACCCCUCUAUGCUGGAUUUAAGGUUUUUGAGUCUGAACUGACUCUGUGUCAGAUUUAAUCUUGAUCAUAUGGCUAUAAAUGGAAAAGUUUGUUGAAACUUGUGAAAAUGACAAUAAUACUGUAUAACUAACAAAUUUUAAUUCAUGUAAACAUUUAGAAAAACAUGUUAUAAAACAUAAUUGUAAUUAAAAAUACUAAAUAUGGUCCAUCAUAAAAGGACGAAUGCGUCCUUUUUUUCAGCUAUCACUAUGAAUGUCUAGUGAAAAGUGUUUGGUUAAGUAUGGUUCUGUUGUUCUAACAGUGUGAUAGUUGCUGAAAGGAAUUACUGUCUUGAUUUUCUCAGCAUGAUAUACAUAUAUCAGGCCUCAUUCCCACAGUCGGGUGGGGAUGCAGACGCUUCAGUAGUUUCUUGGGACUAAAGACUCUUGUCUAUCCUCCACAUGCGCUGCUCGAGGCGUGCACUUCACGGACAACUUCAACUUGUUUUGGGAGCAAUAAACUGUUUUGAAAGCAGACAGGUUUCAUCCAAGCAUCUCUGGGACUUGAAUGCUCAUUUCCUUCUCUACAGCAUCUCGCAUCCACCUUUGACAGCUUUAACAACAAUAACAACAGGAGCUACAGGAUGAUCAGCACCACCAACAUCAAGCAGCUGACCCCACUGUCACUGUGAGAUGUGGUAAACGGCACAGUAAAAUUCUCUCAUGCGAAUCACAGCAUGUCUACACUGUGUCAUUGAUUAAUUAAAAGCAAUUCCAAUCACAAUAAAUCUAACAAAAGAAACCAUAAAGCUUAAAAUAAUUACCACCACCAAAGCGUGUAGCGCGGACGCAGCUCACACCACCGUUCGUGAGGCAGUUUUCCAGCUAGCGUGUAUAUGUACUGUCUCCAAAUGAUCAAAUUAUAAUUUGAAUCUCAGUUGUAGAUGGUGGUUCUGGUGCUUGAUUCAUCUUGAUUAUAUCAUGGGCUAAAAACAACUGUAAAGUUAAGUCUUUUCACACAUUCUAUGCUCUUUUGGUUUUUGAGCACUUUCAGCCAGUGUUUAUGUAUUUUUCAUUUACAUUUAUCCAGCCAAUGUUUUUUUGUUUUUUUGUUAGAUAUGCAGUUUCUUUCCUUUUACAGUAUAUUCCUUUUCUUUUAUUUAUUGAAAAAUAACACUGUAUAUAAUUGCUAGCCUAUUGUCAGUAUACAAAGGGAGUAAAUACAAAUGUUUAUUGAAAUGAAUUCAGUGUUGUUUCUUUACAGUGAAUCUGCUCUGUGAGAAAUGAUCAUUUUUGGUUACGAACAAACUGACUAGUACCGGUAAUGUCUGUAUGUGAUAACAGUCUCUGUGCUCAUCUAGAGAUACUUUAAGAUGUGAAGAAAAUGAAGCAGCUUUAACCUCUUGACUGAAGCUACACUAUUAUCCAUGAUACAACAAUACUGAAACCUACAGAAGAACGUCUCUAAGUGUCUAGAGCAGGGGUGUCCAAUCCUGUUCCUGGAGCGCCGCUGUCCUGCAAAAUUAUACACACUUGAACCAGCUUAUGACAAGCAGCGUGGGGCGAGAGCCGUGAGAGAACAGCGCGAGGCUGGUGGCUUGAUUGUUAAGGAGCGUCACCUGCACGCUGAACCGGACUCGUAUCCAAAGCCACUGGAAGGCAAGCCUGCAACCCUUAGCCAAAAAGAGUAACGGCUAAAGCUAACUGGCGGUACACAUUGGCGGUACGCAGGGAGGAGUUUUGAACGGCGACACGAUAGGCUAAGAGGGGCCACACGUGAUUAAGUUAGCCGUUAUGUUUUCUCCAAUAGUAAGAGAUACAGAUCCUCUCAUCUCCCUAUAAUAAUACCAUCUCUGUCGUAUCUCUCACAGAGGAGCUCCGGAAGCAUAAAGGGAGGAGCGACGACAGUGAAGGAUGAGAAAGGACCAGGCCUGGACUUUAUCUUAUGUUUUAUUAUGUUUGUGUGUGUGGCAGUCGUCCGCGAGGGACUGUUGCCAUUUUACUUUCGUUUUGUUGUUUGUUUAUUUUGGUAUAUUAAAAUCUGUUUGAACAUUCUCAGGUAUGCCUAGUAUCUUCUAACAUCUGUUACAGGUAUUCAGUGUUGUUCUCGUACGUGCAACGGUGCGAGACAAAAGCGAAUGAACCCGUUUGUCCAGACAUGAUGUUCUUGUUGCUCCAUAACACACUGCUCCUUUUGCUGUAAUUGUGUGACAAAACAGUUUAAAUAUUUAGGCCUGCAGAUUUUUCCAGCAUCCCUCCUCCACCCAACUCCUCACUCUCAAUUAUUCCUAUCCCAGCCAGGGAUGAGGGGAGUAUUCUGGGUUCGGGCCAAAUUUUGAGAUCUGAGCCCUCUCCCUGAACAGCACGCCAAAUAUACAUAUUCAUUACCUUAUCUAAUUAUAUGUAAGUGUGAACUAGUGAAAGAGUGUUUUUUUUUUCUCUGUCUUCCUGUUGUUACAGAUCAGGAAAGUCACCAGUGAAGGAUUCUGAAACAUUGCAUUGUCAUACUAAUUAUUACUCAGGAAUAAAAAGAAGUAAUUUUAACAAUGUAUAACCAAAGUUUAAGUCUUAUUGUUGUACUUUGGCAUGCUGUUGUCUUUUUGUUUGUAUAUAUUAAAUAAACAAGGUUUUGAGA